CAGACACAAUAUUUCAUUCUCCUCCGGACCAAAGAUGUAUCUGCAAAUCUCAGUUUUUCUUCUGUUCAGUCUUUUCACUGCAGGGCACUCUCUCAGAUGUUACGAGUGUAUGAGUCUGACGGGAUCCUGUACAAAUCAAAAUGCGACAACAUGUCCAAGUGGAUCUACCAAGUGCAUGACUAUGACAACCGUGGCAGAAGUUGGUCCCAUUAAGAUGACCAGUACAUCUAAAAUGUGUUCACCUUCAUGUGACCCUGGGACCCAACAGAUCGCGAUUGGGUCAGUAACAACCCAGUGCUGUGACACUGACCUCUGCAAUGCUGCAGAUGGCAUGUACAAGGCAAGCUUCCUGCUGCUGUUGUCUCCUCUGCUCUUCUACUUCCUGGUUCAGUGAAUACACUUCAGAUUCUACAGCUGCAGAAGAAACUGAAUGAUACACAUAUUUCUAUUCAUACUUUACUGAAUGAAGUGUGCAUGAUGUUCUGCUGUUCUUUGGUAAUCAUGAUUUGGGGAAAAGAAAAUCUGUAUUUUAAUAAACAUAUUAAACUAAAUUGUGCAUCAACACUGUAACAGACAAAUAACUAUUACAAUUUAAAUCAUUAAUAUAUAGAGAUUUCCAAUAUCUGCAGUAAUUUUGUAGCAUGCUCCGUCAAGACUAUGUAUUUCCCUUAUAUUUCCUCUUCCCCUUUCUUGUCAUAUAUUCAAAUGUGUAUUGGCCUAUAAAAAUAAAAUGAAUAACAGAAUGCAAUACAUAAUUAAUAAACAAAGUGCUAUAAUAACUUCUGCAAUAAAAUAUUUACAUAUAUUAAACAUUUCUCUGCAUUCUCCUUAAUUUAUUUUCAUUACUUCUGGUCUAGCUGGGUUUAAAGGUGCAGUAAGUGAUUUCUGAGAAACCAUGAUGAUAUUCGACAUCGACAC